AUCGGCCGCCUGAUCAUCUCAGCCGCUCGUGCUACUCUGCUCGGCUUGCGAACUGCGCGCCUUCUCCGGGCAAGGUGAUCGACGAGCAGCCGCCUGGUGUUUCCGGGCAGUCGUGUCUACUCUGCUCGGCUCGCGAACUGCGCGCCUUCUCCGGGCAAGGCGAUCGAGGAUCAGCGGCCUGGUCUACCCGGGCACUCGUGUCUACUCUGCUCGGCUCGCGAACUGCGCGCCUUCUUCUGAUAAGGUGAAUGGCGUUUGGUCGCGUGGUCAACUCCGCGCCGGAGUCUACUCUGCUCGGCUCGCAAACUGCGCGUCUUCUACGGGCAAGACGAUCGAGGAUCAGCCGCCUGGUGUUUCCGGGCAGUCGUGUCUACUCUGCUCGGCUCGCGAACUGCGCGCCUUCUCCGGGCAAGGUGAUCGACGAUCAGCCGCCUGGUCUUCUCAGGCAGUCGUAUCUACUCUGCUCGGCUCGUAACCUGCGCAACCUUCUCCGGGCAAGACGAUCGAGGAUCAGCCGCCUGGUCUACCCGGGCACUCGUGUCUACUCUGCUCGGCUCGCGAACUGCGCGCCUUCUCCGGGCAAGGUGAUCGACGAGCAGCCGCCUGGUCUUCCCGAGCAGUCGUGUCUACUCUGCUUGGCUCGUAACCUGCGCGCCUUCUCCGGGAAAGGCGCUCGUGUCUACUCUGCUCGGCUCGCGAACUGCGCGCCUUCUCCGGGCAAGGCGAUCGAGGAUCAGCCGCCUGGUCUUCCCGGGCAGUCGUGUCUACUCUGCUCGGCUCGCGAACUGCGCGCCUUCUCCGGGCAAGGCGAGGGCAGUCGUGUCUACUCUGCUCGGCCUCGCGAACUGCGCGCCUUCUACGGGCAAGGCGAUCGAGGAUCAGCCGCCUGGUCUACCCAGGCACUCGUGUCUACUCUGCUCGGCUUGCGAACUGCCCGCCUUCUCCGGGCAAGGCGAUCGAGGAUCAGCCGCCUGGUCUACCCGGGCACUCGUGUCUACUCUGCUCGGCUCGCGAACUGCGCGCCUCCUCCGGGCAAGGCGAUCGAGGAUCAGCCGCCUGGUCUUCCCGGGCAGUCGUGUCUACUCUGCUCGGCUCGCGAAAAGCGCGCCUUCUCCGGACAAGGCGAUCGAAGAUGAUCGACGUGGCCGUCCCGGGCGGUCGUGUCUUCUCUGCUCGGUUCGCGAACUGCGCACCUUCUCCGGGCAAGGCGAUCGAGGAUCAGCCGCCUGGUUAUCUCUGCUCGGCUUGAUGUUACGUGCUUUCUCCGGGCAAGGUUAACGCCGCGCCUUCUCCGCAAGUUAAUCACCAUCGGCAGCACGAGCGUUACGCGCUGCGCGCAGCGGAGCCGGUCUUCGUGCCGGCAGCCCUUUCAAGCCCGACUGUCUCCUGUUGCCCCACACGACGGCGCGGCCGGUCCGCCUGUCUGCUCUCGCCCGGCACGAAGGCGUGGCCAGUCCGCCUGUCUCCCCUCACCUGCUCGACGGCGCGGCCUGUCCGCCUGUCUCCUCUCCACUCGGCUCGACGGCGCGGCUAUUCCGCCGUUGUCAUCUCGUCCGGCUCGACGACGGCGCGGCCUGUCCGCCUGUCUCCCCUCACCGGCUCGACGGAGCGGCCAGUCCGCCUGUCUCCCCUCACCGGCUCGACGGCGCGGCCUGCCCGCCUGUCUCCUCUCCGCUCGGCUCGACGGCGCGGCCAUUCCGCCGUUGUCAUCUCGUCCGGCUCGACGACGGCGCGGCCAUUCCGCCGUUGUCAUCUCGUGCGGCUCGACGACGGCGCGGCCAUUCCGCUGUUGUCAUCUCGUCCGCCUGUCUCCCCUCACCGGCUCGACGGCGCGGCUAGUCCGCCUGUCUCCCCUCACCGGCUCGACGGCGCGGCCUGUCCGCCUGUCUCCCCUCACCGGUUCGACGGCGCGGCCAGUCCGCCUGUCUCCCCUCACCGGCUCGACGGGGCGGCCUGUCCGCCUGUCUCACCACACAGGCUCGACGGCGCGGCCAGUCCGCCUGUCUCCCCUCAUCGGCUCGACGGCGUGGCCAGUCCGCCUGUCUCCCCUGACCGGCUCGACGGCGCGGCCUGUCCGCCUGUCUCCUAUGGUCCGGCUUGACGGCGCGGCCUGUCCGCCUGUCCCCUAUGGUCCGGCUCGACGGCGCGGCCUGUCCGCCUGUCUCCUAUGGUCCGGCUUGACGGCGCGGCCUGUCUGCCUGUCCCCUAUGGUCCGGCUCGACGGCGCGGCCUGUCCGCCUGUCUCCUAUGGUCCGGCUCGACGGCGCGGCCUGUCCGCCUGUCUCCUAUUGUCCGGCUCGACGGCGCGGCCUGUCCGCCUGUCUCCUAUGGUCCGGCUCGACGGCGCGGCCUGUCCGCCUGUCUCCUCUCCACUCGGCUCGACGGUGCGGCCUGUCCGCCUGUCUCCUAUGGUCCGGCUCGACGGCGCGGCCUGUCCGCCUGUCUCCUAUGGUCCGGCUCGACGGCGCGGCCUGUUCGCCUGUCUCCUAUGGUCCGGCUCGGCGGCGCGGCCAGUCAGCCUGUCUCCCCUGCGGCCCGGCUCGACGGCAAUCAAUCUGCAAUCUCGACGCAACGGCUUGUCACACUUUCCAUCCUUAGGUAUGGAAUAUUUGAUUUGGCUUGGUCUAUUAUAACAUAUCAUAACUCUCAACACUUGAUAAGUACAAAAGUAAUUCUAAAACAAUUUCAAUACUGUUCUAACUGGUAUUGUAGCUCAAUUUCUGUUUACUGCCUUUGUAGGUAAGACGAUAAUAGGUUUCUUUUCAGCAAAAUAUUUUAGUUACAUAUAAACAUAUAAAUAAUAAGUACAUUUCUGCGUAAGAGUACGAAAUUCAGUUAUCUGAUGAGAAGGAUGAGGAUUAAUUAUUAAGAAAGCUAUAAAUAUUAUUACGAAGCGAAGACAGCAAUAUUCUAUAUACAAAUUAUAUUAAAUAGGCACCUGGUAACAUAAAGCACUACAGAGAAUAAAUGAAUAUUGUUAAAGCAAUUAAUGGCAAUAUGGACAAGGUGGGUACCUUCUUAAUGUACAUUAUUUCAGGUACUGUUUGAUUAACCGUCUUUUCAGUUUUUUACGCAAAGUUUAUAAAGCUUGUUGCAAUAGUUACAAAGCAUGGACAACUUAUAUUUUGAAUAAGAUAAUGAAUUGAACCUAUACUACAUUGAAUUGAACGAUACUUGCACACGAAUUGCGAAUAAGAAAUGGCAAUUUUGUUAUAUGACAAGAAAUGGCAAUAUUGUGUCGGUGGGUGCGUAAUAAAAUAUUGUUAACAGAUACCUUCGAUCUGGCGUGAGUUUCAACCCAAAACCACCUGGUAUGCGAGUUUGAAGUUUGUAUAACCUAGGAUAGGUUGUUAAUACAUAUUGUUAACAGAUGGUGACAUAGAAAUGCCUUAUAUGAAAUUGCAUGGCAUCUUGUAUAACAGUAUUUUGGAGCAUCUGUAGUCAUGUACAAAGUAAAUAUUUAUUAUUGUGCCUAACUAUGGACUACAAGGGAUUGUCAAUUUAAUAACAAAGUUUAUUCUGAAUGUGGGUGAUGCAUCGAUAUCAAAUCAACAGACAUGAAUCUGACACUAAUAACAUGCCUGAACAUAGAGAGGUAAAAUUUUACUGCUAUAUCUAUUAGGAUAGGUCCAUUACAUUUAUUGUUUAACAGAUAUCGACUUCCGAAAGCCAGAGAGUAUACCAUGAGAAGAAUGAAACAAGAUCAAAAUUAAUGCGUAUGUACAUUAAAUAUCACAUAUAUCAUAUAACAGAUAUUUGAGUUGGAAUGAACAAUCUAAAACGAAAAAUUGCCGAUAUCGUGUUUGUGCGUAACAAAGUAUUGUUAACAGAUGAUCGAGCGCAAGUCGCAAGCCAGAGCUACGGGAGGUAACAAAUUGUCACAUUCUUCUUUAGGAUAGAUUCCGUAAUCCAUAUUGUUGACAGGAUAACAGCGCGUGCCUGAUACCAUUUGAUGAUGGCUGGCCCUUCUCGUGAUACUUAAAGAUUCUUCAAACACAAAAUA